UAAAAACAAAAAACAAAAAACAAUAUCUCUCAUUUUCUUUUAAAAAUAAAAUAAAAAAUACUACAUAUAAUAUAACAUGUUUGCUGUUGUUAGCGUCCCCCACUUUAAUACUUCUAAUAUUAUAUUUUUAUGUUGUUUUCAAAGCAAAAUAGGCAUUCAGAAAAAACAAAAAAACAAAAAAACAAAAAAACAAAAAACAAAGAAGAGACUAGCUCACGACACAGCACGAAUCAAAUAUACUCUUUUUUCCCCCUCUCCAGUCAAACUCUCUGUCGGUGGCUCUUCUUCCAGGGACUAUUUUGCGCCUCUGGGUUGCAACACAAAUUUCUUUUGAUCUGCUCUACCUUGUCUUUCCUUUUCUCUGUCCAAAAUUAAAACUCACCCACCCAUUACCAUUGCAGUAAUCCAUCAACCAACCUCUCUCUCUGUCUUUGGGGACUUUCAUCGAGCACGUUCAUUGCAUUCAAGGGUCAACAAGCUGCUGGCUAAGGGGUCUGCAACUGCUCUCCUGCGACCUCCACAGCCAAACGGCGGCAUCCCAGGGGGUCAAUUGACCCCUCUUGUCCCUUGGUGCAUCCGUUUGUGGGGUCAAGCGACCCCUCUUGUCCCUUAAUCCGUCCGCCCCUGGUUGGUAGUUGGUACUUUGUUUCCUUGGAUAUGUUCAAAGUUGGUGACUGUCUUCUCAUCUUUGCAUAUACUACGGGCAAAUUAACACUUGCACUAAACAAUUAUAUAUCCAGGAACUGCAGCCCACGUCUGCAACUGCAUAUAAAACCAGAAUAGCUAAGCAGAGGUGGAAAUAUCGAGAAAUUGAAACAGCUCACUGCGCGUGAGUUUUUUUUUCUGUAAAAUGAAUUCCCCAAGUGUCAAAUACAUUUCAGAAUGCUUUGUCCAGCCACACCAUGCCUCAGAAGAAUCAAAGCAGCCCUUCUACUUGACCCCCGGUGAUCUGGCCAUGCUCUCCGUGCACUACAUUCAAAAGGGCCUUCUCUUUUCCAAACCACCAGAAGCAAAACUGGGACAGGAGGAUUUCACCAAUUCUCUGUUGGAAAGGCUCAAACACUCUCUUUCCAUUGCACUUGUUCAUUUCUACCCAUUGGCAGGUCGCUUUGUGACCGAGAAGAACGAAGACCCGCCUUUGUAUUUGGUAUAUGUAGAUUGCAACAACAGCCCUGGAGCCAAAUUCAUAAAUGCAACUCUGGACAUGUCAAUUUCUGACAUUCUUUCACCAACUGAUGCGCCUUUGGUGGUUCAAUCGUUUUUUGAUCAUGACAGGGCGGUCAACCAUGAUGGGCACACUAUGUCCUUGCUAACCAUUCAGGUCACAGAGCUGGUAGAUGGCAUUUUUAUAGGGCUUUCCAUGAAUCACUGUCUUGGUGAUGGAACCUCUUACUGGCAUUUCUUCAACAUUUGGUCUGAGAUCUUUCAAGCACAAGCACAAGGAGAUCAUAAUAAUUUUGUACCCAAAAUCUCAAGACCACCAGUCCUCAAGCGCUGGUUUCCAGAUGGUCAUGGCCCAAUUAUCAAUCUCCCUUUCAAACACUCGGAUGAGUUCAUUGGCAGAUAUGAAGCUCCCAAACUCAGGGAGAGAAUGUUUCACUUCUCCUCGGAAUCCAUAGCCAAACUCAAAGCAAAGGCCAAUGCAGAAUCCAAUACCACCAAAAUCUCUUCCUUCCAGUCCUUGUCUGCCCUGAUGUGGAGGUCUAUUACUCGUGCGCGUGGUUUACCCCGAGAUCAAGGAACCAACUGCAGGUUGGCUGCGAAUAACAGAGGAAGAUUAGAGCCACCAUUGUCUGGAGAUUAUUUUGGGAACUCAAUUCACCCGAUUAGAUCAGAAAUUGUCCCAGCUGGUGAGUUGCUUGAACAUGGGCUUGGAUGGGCAGCGUGGAAGUUGCACGAAGCGGUAGUUAACCACAAUGACAAGUUGAUAAGGGAACAUGUUGAUGGCUGGCUGAAGUCUCCAGCUGUUUACCAACUGAGUUUCUUCGAUCCAUUCAGUGUGAUGAUGGGGAGUUCACCGAGGUUCAACAUGUAUGGAAAUCAGUUUGGAAUGGGAAAAGCACUAGCGCCUAGAAGUGGUUAUGCAAAUAAGUUUAGUGGGAAAGUGUCAUCGUACGAAGGCCGCGAAGAAGGAAGCAUAGACUUGGAGGUGUGUCUUCCACCUGAUGCAAUGAGUGCUCUUGAAUGUGACAGGCUCUCAAAAUCUCAAAGACGACCCUAGCAAAAGCCAAAGUAGCAAGCAUGUGGUUGCUUGGCAUGAGCACAAGAUUAAAACGUUAUGUUUUUAAAUGACAAGAAAAAAAAUGUAAAGAAAUGUUAACAUACCUUGGGUG